AUGUCGACCCCCCGUGUCCUACUCCUAGGAGGCCACGGCAAAGUGGCCCUGUUCCUCCAACCCCUCCUCCUGGCGAAGAAAUGGCACGUCACCUCCGUGGUCCGCAACGCCGAGCACGAAGCCGAGAUUUUGGCGUUGGGCAAAGACAAGCCCGGCACGAUCGACGUCCUGGUCGACAGUCUCGACGACGUCAAGGAAGUGAGUCACGCCACGAAAGUGCUCGACAAGGUCAAGCCGGACAUUGUCGUCUUCAGUGCCGGUGCUGGGGGCAAGGGCGGGCCAGCGCGCACCAGGGCCAUCGACGAGGUCGCUGCCAAGUGCUACAUUUCUGCGUCGCUGGCGAUGCCGAGCGUCAAGAAGUUUCUUCUGGUGUCGUAUAUCGCUUCACGCAAUGGAUACCCGCCCUGGUGGACCGACGAGGACAAGAAGGCGGCAGACAAGGUGAACCAAGAGAUCCUGCCGCAUUACUUCAAGGCCAAGGUCGAGGCAGAUGAACAUCUCGAGGCGCUUACGAAGAAGCGACGGGACAGCGGCGACAAGGACUUCCAAGCCAUCAAUCUCCGGCCGGGGAGCUUGACGGACGCUCCUGGGACCGGCAGGGUCAAGCUAGGCAAGACGUCGUCUAGAGGAAGUGUUCCUAGAGAAGACGUCGCUCGAGUCGCGGCUGCGCUGUUGGAACGAAACGACACGCGCGGAUGGUUCGAUUUGCUCGAAGGUGACGAUCCGAUUGAAGAGGCGGUGGAGAACGUUGUCCGAAGUAACCAUGACGGUCUCGAAGGGGAAGAUAUCCAGCGCAUCUGGGCGAGGCCUACCUAA